ACAGUUCAAUAUGUGCAAGCUGCUGUUGUGCUUUUGCCUCCUUUUCGCCUUCGGCCAUGUGAGUUUAAACAAAAUAUUCCAUCGAUUGGUAUAUUGACAGCCAAUUGCUCAUUGAUUAUGGUAUGAACGAGGAACUUGCCAAAGAUGUUACGACCAGGAUUGAAAGUUUGGAAAGGGAAAUUUCUCAGUUAAUCGACGACGUGAUAAAAGAUACAAACAUGAAAAUCGACCACAAAGUUAGCCAAGCGUCGAGGAAAGGCCGCAGCUCGGAAAACUGCGCCAAGACGGCAGGAGCCAAGUUGAUGAAAGAUGUAGAGAAAGCACUGGAAGACGGUCUGAGGAAGGAGCAGAAAUCCCUGGAGGCAAUCAGACGCAGCAUCGAAGACAAGACGAUUUCAGAGAAGCAGUUCGAGGAUUUGAAGAACCCUUUUCUCGAAAAGAAAAUCGAACUGGCAAUGACUAACACAGAAGCUAAAAUCGAGGCGCUUACUUUAAAUUACGCCAGGGUAGCAAAUUCAUGUUAACACAAAUUACUAUAAUUCAACAGUAGCAAUAAAAAUAUAAACUAUA